UGAUUUUCAAAUCAACAAAACGUUUUGUUGAUUCAAAUAUGCCUUAUUUUUCUGCGUGAACGGAACAAUGUGUAAAGGCAAACGGUAAGAUAAGAUAAGGAGACAAUGUGUUAAACAUGUACUAUAGCCACGGAAUAAAGUGUAUGCAAUAAAAUGAAUACAAACGAAAUAAAACUAAAACAAACGUAGCAUACGAAAUUAUAAGAGAAAGCAUUCUUGUGUUGAGCGAGAGUCUGUAGGUCAAAGUCAAAAUCGAAACGAUUCAGCAGUCUGGUUUUGGCUGUGGUGGAAGCAACAAUUUGAGGAACUAUGUGCAACGCUGCAAAGCCGUGGCUAUACGUAAAGCGUAGUAUAGGCUCAGCCGUAGCUGGUUCGAAAAAAGGUCAGAUUCCAUUCGAGCGCCUUCCAGGUCCAUGGGCCCUCCCAGUAUUAGGCCCGAUCAACGAUGCUGUGCGUCUUGGAAACCCAAAAACCUUUCUGAUUGUUUUCCAUCAACAUCAACUUUUCAGUUUGCAUCUGACUGUUUCAAAUUACCACCGAAAAUUUGGACCGAUAUUUCGGAUUAAAAUAUCCCAGGCAAAUGCGGUGUUCAUAAAAGAUCCGGAAAUGAUGAGAAGUGUGUUUGUUUAUGAGGGCAAGUAUCCCAAACAUCCGCUACCUGAGUCUUGGACAUAUUUCAACCAAAAACACAAAUGUAAACGUGGCUUGUUUUUAUGUAAGUACAUAUUUGAAAUAAAGGUUCAAUACAACUCGUUAAUGCUUUUCAGGGAUGAUGAGGAAUGGUUCAAGUAUCGAAAGUUACUCAACCCGCUGAUGAUGCGUGAUACUGACUGGAUGGUUUUACCAAUACAACGAAUGUGUGAGAAAGCUGUUCAGAGCUUAUCUGAAGGAGUUACUAAAGAUAACCCAUCAUACGAAAUCCAAAACAUCGAGUCUACACUCUAUAAAUGGUCCAUUGAAGUUAUCCUAUGUAUCAUGCUAGGCAACUCGUACAACACAACGAACAUGGCAAAAUUAAAUACCCUCGUUAAUGAUUUCUCACGCACAGUGCAUACAAUUUUCCAAUACAGUUCCGAGUUAAUGAUGAUUCCACCACAUCUGGCAGAUUGCCUGCAGCUAAGUGCAUGGAAAAAAUUCGAACGAUUAGUUCCAGAAACCCUAGCUUUAGCAAAUAAAAUUAUCGACAUUUCACUAGAUGAUAUUGAGCGUGGGGACGGAUUGCUGUCAAAAAUGCAGGAUUGCAUUGCAUCUCGAGACGACAUUAAACGAAUAUUUGCAGAUUUAAUUAUCGCAGCUGGAGAUACGACUUCUUUCAGCAUGAUUUGGUGCUUUUAUCUGUUGGGAAGACACCAAAUACUGCAGGACCAGAUAAGAAGUGGAAUAUAUGAAAAUUUCAAAUCUCCUCAUCCAUUAGUGAUCGGAACAGUUCGAGAGGCUUUAAGGAUGUUUCCGGUAGCGCCGUUCAUUGGGCGCAUACUGAAAAAGGACGCAGUGAUUGGAGAAUACAGUAUACCGAAACAUACGCUUGUCCUUCUGUCGCUGUACAGUGCAGGAAGAGAUGAGACCAAUUUUCACUCACCGGAGGAAUUCCUUCCCCAGCGGUGGAUACGAAACAACGAUCAAAGCUGUUCAUUUUCUCCGUUCAAGUCUCAUGCUAGUUUACCUUUCGCAAUAGGCAGCCGGAGCUGCAUUGGUCGCAAAAUAGCCCAAAACCAAAUGCACACUCUGCUUGCUAUGGUUCUUAAGAAGUAUCGACUAUCAGUUCUCAACGAACAGGAAAUUUUUCCAGAAUUGAAAAUGAUUACCGUCCCUAAUGAAAAGCUCAGGUUGUCACUCGAAAAUUGUAGCAUUUGGUUACUUAAAUAAUAUUUUUAAAUUUGUAAUAUAUGUAUAUAAGUAAAUAUAAAUGCAUUAAAUAUGAAACCUAAAA